GACCAGAUCACAAUAUGAGGACAUGUCCAUUGAAUAGGGGUCUAGGGAUACAGGAUAUGAGAUUGAAUGUUGGAGAUCGAGCUACGAUUGAUAGGGAAAUACGUCAUGCAGCUGCUGGCGUGGGUGUGUAUGUCGAUGAGAACACGGGGAACCAAUAUGUUAGGAUGAAUGGUGACCGUGGCCGCCCUCAUGGAGAGCAACCAACAGUUCCUUUAGCCCAAGCUUCUAUGGUGGACUUACAUGGAAGCCAACCACCACCAACUCAGCCUUAGC